UAGUGUAGAAUCUACAUAGUUUCAUUUAGUCUCUCUCAGGCGGUCGCGCUAUAAACAACGAGUUUGGAAAUCCGGCGGUUUCGAUUGUGAAAAUUUAGUAUCUACAAUGCCAAAACUUGCACUUUACUAUGCCACAUUAAGUCCACCAUCCCGAGCUGUGAUGUUAACAGCAAAGGCCUUGGAGUUGGAUUUAGAGCUACGUCCAAUCAAUUUAAUCAAAGGUGAACACCUCACUCCAGAAUUUUUAAAAAUUAAUCCACAACAUACCAUACCAACUCUUAUCGACGAUGAAGCUGUUAUUAUUGAUUCACAUGCAAUUUGCUCUUAUUUGGUGGAAAAAUAUGGCAAAGAUGAUAAACUUUAUCCCAAGGAUUUAGUAAAACGUGCACAAGUCGAUGCACGUUUGCAUUUGGACUCUGGACAUUUAUUUGCUCGUCUACGUAUGUUAUAUGAACCUAUACUCUACUAUGGUUCCACCGAUUGCUCAAUAGAUAAAAUCGCUUAUAUACAAAAAUGUUACGAUAUUUUAGAGAAUUUUUUAAAAGAACAUACUUAUCUUUGCGGUGAAGAGCUCACGAUAGCUGACUUCUGUUGUGUCGCUACUGUAACAUCUGUUGAUGAUGUAGCUCCAAUUGAUGAAUAUAAAUUUCCAAAAGUUUUAGCUUGGAUGAAGCGUUUAGCUGAGUUGCCCUACUAUGAUGAAAUAAAUCGUACAGGUGCAGAGGAAUUAAAACAAAUAUUUCGGGAAAAAUUAACAGAGAAUCGCAAACAACCAAAAUCUUAAAGAAAAACUAAGAGGAAAGAGGUCUUAGAAGAUAUCAGCAGUUGAAAGGUUUCUCACUUAACUACUCCACCGUAUAAGAUCUAAAUAUAUGAGUUUAUACAUAUAUAUAAAAUAGUAGUUUAGAUACAUAUCAGAAAAUAGUAUUAAUAAUGUAUUUAUCAGCUUGGGUUAUAUUUCCAGAAAAACAUAUACGCACAAAUAUAUUAUAUAUUAUUAUCAGGAUAUGUA